AUACAUUCUUUAGUCUCCUUAUCCUUAUCCAGGCGACCUUAUAAACUAGGGACAAACGUGCUACCAGUCAGUUUGUCACACAACUUUCGAUAUGCAGUUAUUACUUGCUAUUGUUUUAGUCAUAGCUGCAGCCAGCGUAGACGCUGCGUGUCCUAGAGAUUGGACUGAGUUGGAAGGAUCAUGUUGGUUUGUUAGUCAUGAAAAGGCAAAAUGGACGGAUGCCAGUUCUGUGUGUCAAUCAUUCCACGGAGAACUAGCUAUAAUACCCGACAGACAGAUUUUAACAGCUGUGCUUAGUGGUUUAUUGACACAUGCCCAUGGAGACAAGUUUUGGAUUGAUGGUUCAGAUAUUAUCACGGAAGGAGACUGGUUGUGGAACUCUAACUUACAAGCCAUUGAUUUACACAUGCUGGGCCUAUCUAUAGGUGACAAUGCCAAGGACAAAAACUGCCUGUAUAUCGAUAAGGACAACCAUAACAACUGGAAGGCUGAGGAUUGUGAAUCGGACGCAUAUUACGUGUGUCAACACAGACCAACUGGUUCAUCGAUAUUGGGAUAAAUCAUCGGAUAAAGGAAUCACCGCUAGUACAAAUGUAUUAUAUAUUAAAGUUUCUCUAAUUCUUAA